CUUUUUCCAAACAAAUGCAAAUUAACCCAGUUACCAUUGACAUGGUAAAUCCUCUUCCAUCACCGAGGACAUAAUGGUAACACUAACCUCUCGCCAUUGAAGGAAAAGAAUAUAUAUAAACACCCCCUUUCACCUUCUCACACCAACCUCAUCAGAAUUAAACAAAACCCUGAAAGGACAUAGCCAGUUACUUCCAUUGAACCAAAGCUUUGGCUUUUCUCUCAGAUUUUUCCAUUGGGUAUAAGAAAGUCUCAACCUUUUUUUUUUUUUGUACCGAGGAUCUGAUAAGUUCUAGAAAAGAGAGAGAAAGAUGUGUGGUGGUUCUAUUAUCUCCGACUACAUUCCGGCGGCGGGGGGAUUGGCUCGCCCUGUGACCGCCGAAAUUCUGUGGCCACAUUUGAGGAAACCCAAUUUGGGGAAGCAUUUCUCGAAGCCACUUUUGUUGGAUGAUGACUUCGAGGCUAGUUUCAGAGAGUUUAAGGAUGACUCUGACAUGGACGACGAGGAGGAGGAUGAUGCUGAUGUCCUGGUCGGGGUUAAGGCCUUUGGCUUUGCUCCUUCCAAGCCUUCCAAAUUCCUCUCUCGUGGAUUUGCAGCUGCAAAGUCUGCGGAAUCAAAUGGGCAAGCUGAGCAGUCUGGCAAGAGAAAGAGGAAGAAUCAGUAUCGGGGAAUCCGUCAGCGUCCAUGGGGAAAAUGGGCAGCUGAGAUCCGUGACCCAAGGAAGGGGGUUCGUGUUUGGCUUGGAACUUUCAACACUGCUGAAGAAGCUGCAAGGGCUUAUGAUGCUGAAGCUAGGAGGAUCCGCGGCAACAAAGCCAAGGUGAAUUUCCCUGAUGAGCCAGCAAGUGGUUCAGCAAAACGUGUUAAGGCAAAUCCGGAGAAGCAGCUGUUGAAGGAAAAGCUCAACUCUGUUAAGCCAAAGAUGAACCAGAUGUUCAAUUUUGGUAAUGGUCUGGAGGACUACUACUUCUGUAUGGAUCCAGUGGAACAGAAACCACUGGUUAACCAGGAUGCUAACAUGGGGCUCUACCCUGGAAAUGGACUUGGGGUCUCACCCCUUACUCCAUCUGCUGAUGUUACUGCUUAUCUCAGUUCUGAGCAUUCGAGCAAUUCAUUCGAUUAUUCUGACCUUGGACGGGGUGAUCAGGGUCCUAAGACUCCUGAGAUCUCAUCCAUGCUUUCUGCUCCUUUGGAAGGUGAAUCUCAAUUUGUGCAGGGUGCUGCUGCUGAUCAGAUGAAAAACCUGCAGUCUAACUCUCAGGAUCUGAUAUACUUGCAAGAUGAUUCUGCAAAGACACUAUCUGAGGAGCUUGUGGAUAUCGAAUCCCAGCUGAAGUUCUUUGACACCCCUUAUCUUGAUGGGAGCUGGGAUGAUGCUUCAUUGGCAUCCUUCCUUGGUGGAGAUGCAACUCAGGAUGGUGGAAACCCAAUGAACCUUUGGAGCUUUGAUGACCUGCCUUCAAUGGCAGGUGGAGUUUUCUAAGCAACUCCUUUGUCUCCCCAUUUUAUGUAAAUAAAGCUACAAGGUAGGAAUGGUGGUCGUGGUGUUGGUGAUGGAGUCAGAACAAGCAACCUGCUUGAGCAUGUGUGGAGUUUAUUCUCUUGUGGCUAGAACAACACAGGACUAUAUAGGUUUUUAGGAGUCGUUUUGUUUUGUCGAAAGAGACCUUAGUUUUGGGGAGAUUUUUCUGUUUUUAUGUUCAUAAGGAUUAUGUUUUAUGUGACCUUUGGUACAGUCCCUACCUUGAUGGGGAGUUGUUUUUAAUGAUCUGUGAUACAGUUUAAUGACUGCUGAUAUAAUUGUUAACUUAGUUGUUUUCAUUAUGGCAAUCUGAUUAUGAC